GUUUACUCUCGAGUCUCGAGCCUUGCUUUCUCUGUCUCUCUCGCUCGAUCGGUUUGUAUAAGCUUUGAUUCGUUGUUUCUUGUGUGUUGUGGGGAGCUAUAUCGCGAUGGCGGGAGAUGAAGGAGCUGAGAUUUACGAGGAAAGAGAAGAAUCCAUGGAUGUGGUGGAUAAGGUAGCUGCAAUGAAAACUGAAGGGAAAGAAGAUGAGAACGUGUUGCAUUUUCUAGAUUCGUUGGAUGGGUAUCUGACUCUUAUGGAUUCCUUGAAUUCUAAGCUUCGAGAGGGAUGGUUUGAUCUAGCUAGUGCUCGACACUCUAUGGGAACUUUACGUAUCAACAGCACUCUCUUAGACCUCAAGUAUCAUCCCGCUGCUUCAACAUUGCAAGUCACAGACCAAGAGGUUGAAUCUUUGGGAUCAGUACCACGUUUUGCUUUGUCCAAGUGGGCUUCCAAGGGUGGUAGCGGGAAAGGCGAAGACUUCUCUACUUCUGAUACAGAUUCGGAGAUAGGCUCACCUCUCAGCCAACAGCUACGACAUCGAGGAGUUUCUGAAGAGAAACCAUCAGCCGAGGAUGAAACCAUUUUAGCAGCUGAUGAAGAGAUCAAGAAAGAACGAGCUAAAUCUCUGUCGGUAUUUGGAGGCUUAGUCUCCCCUAAGCUACGCGGCGCUCAACUAUCGUUUGAGACAGCUCUUGAAACUAUUGUGGAAAUAGCCAACAUGCGUGCAUCUAUGCUAUCUGCCUUUGAGCGGAUCACAGAAAAGUGAAGUUCCUAAGUAACACCUGAUCCUGAAAUAUGCUUGGGGGAUUCAGCGGAUGCAGAAUGGAGCCAAUCUCAAAGACAAAGUUACAUUGAUAAUGGGGGAAUUUGGUGAUGCGAAUUGCAAAUCAUAUAUAUCUUGUAGUCAGAGAGCUAGAAUGUGCCAAGGCAUUAGCUCAGAUUUUCAUAUUUGUAGCUAUCCCCUUUGUGUAAAAACUGUAUUUGCUUCGAUAUAAUUAAAUGGUACCAAUUUCUUAUGGACAUUUUUGAGCU